UCAAAAAAAUUUUAGGCAAUAAGCAACCUGAAAAUAAACCUCCUACAGAAGAGGAAAUUUUAGUAGUUGAAAAAGUACAAACAUUAAGUAGUGCAAUAAAGUUAGCUAGUCCACAGCUUUUAAUAACUGGAGAAUGGUUUGGAUAUUUUAAUAUUGCUAUCAACUUACUAAUAGUAGAUUUAAAAUAUCUCUACAGUUCACAAUCAAAGGAAGGAAUAAUCGAGCAUAAACCUAAAUUAAGCCCUCCAAUCAAAUUAAAUUCUACAUAUAAUGCAUAUAAUAAAAUUCUCAUUACUGAAAUAACUUCAGAUAAUGAGGAUACUCAACAAUACUUUGAAAAUGCUUCUAAAUAUGAAGUAUUUUUACUUGCUUUUGGUCAACAUUUGGAGCUUAAAAGAAUCCCAGAAACUUUUAUUGAAUAUGAUAUACAGAAAUUUGACAAGCAAAUAAAGAAUUAUGAUAAUCUAAUUAUUACAUAUAUUUGUACAAUUCAGACAGUAUAUGGGAAAGGAUUUUUUGACGGACCAGUAACAUAUGUAGAUAAAGUAGCUGAAUCAUCUUUAAUUAAAGGAAUCGCUUCAAAAAGUUAUGAUUUUACUUGUGAUGAUAUCAAAUUUGAAGAAAAUGGGAAUUACCAAGCUAGAGUGUAUGCAAUUUCAUCAAAUUGCCAAACAAUUACUAGUUUUGCAGGAAACUCAAUUAAAACUAUGAAGCGUGUAUUACCUCUAAAGAAUAUUCAAAUAUUAAUUAAACUAAAUACAAUGAAAGGUGAUGACAUAUUAAUUUCAUGUGCUUUUGAUUCAAAAAUAAAAAAUUAUAUAUUAGGUGUUUUAAAUAACAAGACAAAACAAUAUAAAAGCAAAUUAAUAGAGCCAACAAAUAAUUCUCCAAUAGUUAAACUGGAACUAUCUCUUGCUAAGAUACGCAAAAUACAUAAUUCACCAGAAAGUGCAGUAUUUCACGCUUUUGCACAAUCUAUAGGUGAUAAAGAUGAAUUUGAUAGCAUUACUGCAAAUUCAAAUUCUGUAGUUACUCAAUUUGAGGCACCUAAAAACAUUAUACUUGAUCUUAAGAAAAAUGAAUUUUCUGUAAACUAUCAUGCACCAACCGAAG